GGUCCUCUGCGUCACACUUGCUCAAAAGCCUUUAACGCUGGCUAGUAACCUUCGUUUUUGAAAAAGCACUUUUUCUACGGUAACCUAAACCAAUGAACGAGAGUGUUGGUUUCUACAUUCCUCUUGGUGUUGUCUCCGCUUUCUGGUUUCUUGUUGGUGUUCUGGGCCCUGUUUUUGUACCGAAAGGACCUAACAAAAUGCUCUUGUCUGUGUCGAUUGUGCUUACUGCUGUCUGUUGUUAUUUGUUUUGGAUCGGAUUUUACCUUGCACAGUACCAUCCUUUUUUCGGACCUUCAUUGAAAACAGGAUCAAUAAGAAUUAUCCAACAGCAGUGGAAGGUAAUAGUUUUGAUAAUUUACACAACUAUAAACACGGUUUUUUCUUGUUAGUAAAGUUGGUGACUUCGAAGAUAUAAUUGACAAUAUGGUCUUAUACGGUUAAAUAAUUGUAGUCGCCAACAGAAAUUUAUCGAGCAAAUAAGUGUGUACUACUUUUUCAGCCAGUUUCCGACUGUAUUUCUACCUAUGAUAAUUCUUAUGCCAUCUAAUCGUAGUAAAGUCAGACGUAUGUCUUCACUUCUGGACUUAUCUCUUCAAGCUAUCUGACUAACAUCUCAGGAUUUCCUGAGUUGGUUUUCAAACCCAAAUAACGUUUAACAGUCAUGAAAAAAGUCAAACUGCUGCAUAGAUUGCAGACAUAGUGACUGAUUUAUAAGGUGGACCUGCGGACCACUUUAUCUAGAUGUACUUUUCCCCCUUGAUAUAGCUGGUCGAAAACUGGCGCGGGGUAGACUUAUUUGCUUCGUGUUGCUCUAUAAAUAAACUGGUAGAUAAAUAAGUGAGAACAACUACACGUAGUUUUUGACUGGCAUUAUUUUCUUGUUAUUGCUUACGGAUGUGUGUAAGGUAGAUUUUCUACUCAUAGUUUGUAUUUUUUUUAUAGUGAGCACUUAUUUUAGGCUUGGCUAUGAGAAAUUUAAAGAAUAUCUUUCAGAAUAUAAAGUUGUAAUUUCUGUCAGAAUGAAUUAUUGUGUAUUGUGAAUUCAUAAAAUAUGACUGAAUUUAUAUGCAUUAUUUUGAUGCUGUAAUUCAUUAACCAAAUAUAAAUUUACGUAUUUAGCUGUCAGUGAUACUCAUGUGAGUAUUAGUGACACUCUGUAUCUGCCUGAAUCAAAGUAGGUGGGUUUAUGUUCAAGCAUUUAGUCUAUUAGAUGGGUACCAAAUACCUUAUUUACUUGACCAUUUCCCUAUUAUUUUAUUGAAGUAAUAUAUUCCAACUCGUUUAUAAAAUACCUCGUCCACAUAUGCUUAAUUAUGUUCAUACUGUUACAUAGCUUUCAUUCGAAACGAUGUAGUAGCUGUCUUUACUAAUACUAUUCUAAAAACUAACAUUCUUUAUUUCUAAUAAAAAGCUAAAACUGACCUGAUAGAAACACUCGAGCGAUUUAAUGAAGUUCACCCAUCCAUAAAAUUCACAUGUGACGUAGAAAGUAGAGGUAGAAUAACUUCUUUAGAUAUUCUGCUUACAAAGAGAAAAGAUGGAUCACUAAGACGAAACUUAAGCAAGAGAACUUCUUGGACUGAUCAGUGUACAAAUUUUCUUAGUUUUAUUCCUCUACAAUAUAAAAGUAACCUGAUCAAGAUAUCACUAUGUAGUCAAAACCGUAUGCUCCCUAGAUGUGGUUGGAGAGGAAGCAAAGGCAUUGCGUACUACCCUACUUAAACUUAUCUUAUUUGUAAAUAUUAUUAUUAUUAUACUCUCAUACAUUGAUUUCUGAUCGUCGUUGUUCUGUUCUUUUUAUACACACUUUGCAUUCUCUCUCUCUUCACAAUCUUAUUGUUAUUGGAGGGGACAUAUGUAUUUGGCGCGCCUCCCCCGUACCAAUAUUUGUGUUUAAAUAAAUAAUGAUUUGAAUUGACUUUAAAUUACAAUUCUUAAAUCGCAUGUUGUAAUUUUAUACGAUGUACUCUGCCUCAGAACUGCCCAGUGUUUUAGAUUAAUAGUUUGCAUAUCUAAUUGUAGGACCUGUAGAGAAAUUAUUGAAAGGAAUAUUCUUCGUUCACAUAUCUGUAUUUUAAUAUGAUGGGAAUUUCUUAGUGAUUAAAAUAUGACAAAUUAUUUUUGAAUAGGCCAUAUUUUACAUUCUUCAUAUGAUAAAAAACGAAUUCAAUUGGAAAUACGUGUACACUUUUAUUUUGAAUAACUGUCCGUACCUAAAUAGAAUCAGUGGAAUAUAUCAAUGGGUUGAUUAAUACUUCAUAGUCGGUUCGUUGUCUUUGUUCUUUUAGUUUAGCCAUCUUUGCGAUAAUAGUUUGGUUAGAGUUCUGGUUAUAAUUUACCACCCUUAAACUACUUAUAAUGUUUCUUCCCAAUGUUUAUCUAUUUCAGCACAAAUAAGUUUAAGAAGAACCUAUCCCGAAAAGUAGAAUUCUGUGUUACAAUUCAGUUGAUUGUUUACUAUACCGUCAAUUCUUUAUAAAGUAGAGGAAUGAAUUAUCUUUCCAUUUUUUGUUAUUUUUGAUUCACUUCCAUGGAAAAAAAAACUCAGAGAACUGAUGUUUUUAUGCUAAUUUUUUUUCAGUUUCUAUUUUCUACUUUGUUUAUUGAUCGCCUUUUUUGUUUUUAAAAUUUGAUUAUAAGGUUAACAAUUGAUUUUUCUUGAUUAAUAAAUUUUCUGACCUGUUG